AUGGAAUCACAAAUUCGGUACAUCGAUGAACUUAUUGCAGGAUUUAAUGGAUCAUGCAAGAUAGAAAGAGUUAACGAAGGUAAUUGUGCUGCUCAGUCAAGUAACACUGAAGAAAGAAAGUUGAUACAGGCGGUGCAGGCGCUGUUGAGAAUCCUAAAUGACCUUAAUCACAACUCUGCAGAUCUAAUAUUUCAAAAAUGUCUUGGUGGGUUGGAUAGGAUCUUGCACCAUAAUCCAUACAUCAUGGCGUUGUCAAUCUCAUCAGAAGAUAGUGGAAAUUUGAUGAUCAUGGAUUUAAUUGAUAAAAUGCUAGGCUUAACUGAAAGGUGCUCCUAUAACAUUCAUAGGAUGUGGUAUAUACGAAGAAAUAUUAUUCGGUGGAUUACUUCCAGUACAAGAUUGUUUGGAUCAGAUUUUAAACGCAUCAUUAAUUUGAAAAUAAAGAAAAUACUAAAUGAGUUAGAGACUAAAUGUAAACUGUUUCUCUUCACACAUCAAAAUGUAGAACCACAAGAAUUCAUAUCUACAUUGACACUAUUGCAUACAAUAUUAUACUGGAUAAGUGCAGAUAGCAAUAAACUUGGUGAUUAUUUCUAUUGGAUACAAGGUUCAUCUUCUCUUAAUGAGUGGGACUUGCAUUUCCAGAAAUAUAUUAGGAUAGCCAUGUAUCUUUUUACCUCGUUUCAAAUAAAAAUCGAUGCAAAUAGUUCUUAUUUUGAAAAAUUUAACCUAUUACAGGCCAACUUUAUUAUGCUGGUUGCUAACUAUCAGACUUCUAGGACGCUCUCUGGCGGCUUCAACUCGAUAGCUAUAUCGAUACAACAUUUAAAGUUUACUUUGGAAGUAAUAAGUGAAUUUAUGAGAAACAGGAGCUUUUUAUCGAAAAACGAAACUUUAAUAACCAAGUCUUUGCUCAAAAUUUACUACCUAAGUGUCUGUAAAGCAUCAUCUAAUAAAAAUGACAUAUUGAGUAUAUUCUUAGAUUACAUUCCAGUCGUUGAAUGUAUAAAUUCAAAACAUCAAUUUAAUGAAAAUUAUGACUCCGAACUAGAGCGUUCUUUAUUACUACUAUACUUUGAUAUGAAACGCAGAUAUGCUGAUCCCGAUGAAUUACAGUUUAUAGAUUCAUUUGAUAUCUGGUCCCACCCAGAUUGUAUAGAUGAAGUCUCUAUUAUUACGCAGCCCAUUAAGAAAAACAGCAAACAAAUUGAGAAACUGCAGAGAAGUAUUUUGAAAUCAUACACUGUAAACAUAAAGCAGAUUCAUUCGUUUCUCUUCAAGGAGUUAAAUAGCUUAGAACCAGGUAUUCUGGACAGAAACGGGGACCAUUAUAAGGCUGUUGUAAAGGAAAUAUCAAUAUCGAUAAAAAGAUCACUUAAAAUAAGAGAUUCCAAAAAAAUUAUAACGUGGCUAAGGGUGCUAUCACGCAUGGCUUGCAUAGAAGACAAGCUUAUCAAUACUAAACAAAACAUCUCAGAGUUUUUUCAUACUACUAAUGAUUUUUGCAAUUAUUGUGAUUCUAUUCAUGAUGGUAAUUUCUUGAACAACAUUGAACCAUCUAGACCACUGGCACAAGAUCAAUCUGAAAUCUUCUCAAUGAUAAACAAGUACUUCAUAUUAAACCCUGAUUUAAAGAAAUUUUCGAUGUCAAUAAAAUGUGGUCUUUUUAUUGUUAUUGAAAGAAUCUUUGCUCAUUUUCAACCAACAGCAUUAAUGAAUGAAAACAACCAAAUUGCUCCACUAUUUUCAUUCAUAGAAGACUCCUUUAUUGAUUCAGAUAGACAUGUUAGAUUACUUAUAUGCAAAAUACUCCCACUGUGGAAUACUAGCAACCAUAACAAUUCUGAAGACGAAAUGAGCAUGCAUCUAAUACAGUUUCUUCAAAAAGUAAAUAGCCCAUUAUUGUUAGAGACUGUUGUUCUUUCUUGGAGUAAAAUAACGUUAACUACUCAUGGUGAUGUUUUCGAUACCCUUCUCCUUAAGUUAAUUGACCUUUUCAAUUCCAAUAAUUUUACAUUGCAUAUUAUGAUGAAGGAGCAAUUAAUUAGGAUGUCCAGUUUAUUAAACAAAACACCUUAUCAGCUACUUUCUCCAGUUCUUCCCAUAAUAUUGAGACAACUUUCAAAAAACCUAAAUGAAAAGAAACUCAGCUUUCAGCGCUUAUGUGAUCUAGUUGGAUACACUGGGAAGGUCAUACUGGAUAUAUUCCAGAAAUACGUCAUACCAUAUGCUACUGUUCAAUACAAGAGCGAUGUAUUUAGUGAAGUUGCUAAAAUUAUGUGUGAUGAUGACACUUCAAUGCUUCUGCAACAGAAACACAAUUUAUUAACUAAAAAUAGUAGACAAAUAUUUGCAGUUGCUUUAGUGAAACAUGGCUUCUUUUCAUUAGACACUAUGGAAACUUUAUUCUUAAAUCGUGUUCCUUCUUAUGAUAGAAGAUACAUCGGGGCAUAUUUGCCAGACUACAAAACGCUUGCAGAAGUCACUAAGCUUUAUAAGAAUAACGAGAUUACAGAUUCAUCGGACAUCGAGAACGAGAAUAUGGUUCUUUGUUCUUUGAGAUAUUUGAUAACUAACUUCGAAAGUGACAAACGGCACGGUACAGAAUACAAAGACAUAAACAAAUGGUCGGAUAAGAAAGAAAAUCAAUUUCAAAAUAAUCUUCAAGAUAAUAUUCUGGGAAUAUUCCAAGUCUUUUCAAGUGAUAUGCAUGAUGUUGAAGGUAAAACUACAUAUUAUGAGAAACUAAGAGUGAUUAACGGUAUUUCGUUUCUUGUAAAGCACGCCUCGAAUAAAUGUAUUAUCUCAGCACUUGCUCAAUUGAGUAUCUGUCUUCAAAGUGGUUUAGAAAUUCCAGAGGUCCGGUAUCUUUCAAUGAGAUGCUGGUUUUUACUUAUUCAAAGACUGAAUGAAGAGGAACUCACAACUGUUAUAGAUGCACCAGUAGCAUUUAUACUCAGGAAAUGGCCAACUUUCAAUAAAAAACUUCAAUUGAAAGCGUUGGAAGUGUUAACAGCUUUAAUCAGGACUAAAAAUAGCCUAUUAAUGAAAAUGAAGCCAUAUAUUAGUAUAUCACUCUUAUCCAAUGAGUCAAUACCUAUUUUGGAUAUUGACACGAACUUUUCAAGACAGGCUGCAAGACUACGAAAUACAAUUGAUUUGGUUCCAAUAUUUGUUAAGAACCUACAGAGUAAUAACAAAUUUGUCAUUGAACAAAACCUCGAUGACAUAAAAUUUCAUCUGAAAAGAAGGCAGGGGGAGCUUCUACAAUAUGACAAAUAUGGUAAUCUACAACUAAAUGCAGUUCCUUCUUUAAUUGGCGCUCUAUUAGAGGUUGCUCAUAAAUAUAGGACUAUUGAUCAUGAGAUCUGCAAGAAAUGUGCCAAGUGUAUUAGUAUGGUUGGUGUUCCAGAUAUUCGAAGAAUUGAUCUGAGAGGUGAUCGAAAGGAAAAAUGGAAGGUAUUUGACUUCAAUGACUACUCAAAAACUACAGAGUUUCUAAUAUGGCUUAUUGAUGACAUCUUAGUCCCCUCUUUUUGGCAAAGUGAGAAUCCGAACAAGCAACUAUUUUUUGCUUUAGUAAUGCAAGAAUCACUAAAAUAUUGUGGUCUGAGCUCUCAAUCAUGGGAUAUAAAUGAACCAGAUAAAUUUCCAGAACAACUUGAACUUUGGAAUAAGUUCAAUUCCAUAUCAAAAACCACAUUAUAUCCACUUUUAUCAUCAUUAUAUCUUGCCCAAUCUUGGAAAGAAUAUGUGCCAAUCAAAUAUCCUUCCUUAAACUUCCGAGAUGGUUAUAAAACCUGGAUAAAAAACUUUACUUUAGAUCUAUUGAAAACUGGGACUACUGAGGAUCAUCCGUUGCACGUAUUCUCUUCAUUGAUAAGGGAAGAUGACGGAUCAUUAUCCAGUUUUUUAUUACCAUAUAUUGCGCAAGAUAUUAUUAUCAAGGCACAAUCAGGAACCGAAUAUGAGUCACUUAUGGAUAAUAUUCUCAUUGAGCUCCAGUCUGUUGUGACAUAUGAAAUUGAUGGUCUUAAUCAUCUUCAAAGAGAUUCUCUGAAGAUGUGCUACGAAGCUGUUUUCUCAAUUUUGGAGUACUGUAAAAAAUGGGCUACAAUGUUCAGACAAGAUUACAAUAAUGCAAAUGGAACGUUCCUAAUUAAAGAAGAUAAAUACUUGAAAAUGUUGAAAAGAAUAGAUUAUUUUAUAAACUCCAUCCCUCUUGAUCUUUUAGCGAAUAAAUCACUAGAAACAAAUGCAUUCGAGAGGUCGGCGCUUUAUCUAGAGGAAUGCUAUAGGCAUAGUGAUAUCCAUGAUAGAAAUUUAAAUAGUACGCUGAAGAGUCUACAAAUGACCUAUGAAGAAAUUGGAGAUAUCGAUUCCAUUGAUGGACUACUUAAAUCUUUCGCCAGCACCAGCUUUGAAACAAAAAUUGAAGAACUGCAAUAUUCUAAUAAGUGGCAAAUGGCUUUAGAAUGUUUUGAUAUUUUGGCUGAUAUUACUAAACAUGAUAGCACAGCACAGAUAAUGACGAAGUCAAUGUUUGAUCAUCAUUUAUACAAAAACGUAAUUCAAACUGUUCCCAAACUUGUUCCAGAUAAUAUUCAAAAACUAAAUGAGAGUAAUACAAAUUUAUUGAUAAGAGCUUUAGAAUCAUCCAUUCUAGAAGGCGAUCUAAAGAGUAUUGAAAAAUGGUCUAGUAAAAUUGAAUUGAUGACAACUAUAAAUGAUCCUGAAUUGACUUUGCAGUAUAAUCUUGGAAAAGCACUCCUUUCAAUUUCUAAAGGUAAUCACAUCAAGGCAGGGCAAUUCUUAGACAACUGUUAUCAAAUUACUGGAAUUCAAUAUACUUCGACAUCUAACUCAACCACUCUGUUGAAGACACAAUCCUUACUGACUAAACUACACGGGCUACAUGAUUUAAAUAUGUUAAAUUUCAGUAAAGACGACUUUGAACUGCAAUCAAAUAUGCAGCUAUUAGAUUUAAGGAGAGGAAAAGUGGGUCCUGAUUUUGAUCCGAAUUAUUAUAUCCUAUCUAUCAGGAAGACUUUUGAUAAAAUACACAAAAAUCCUAUAACCAAAACUGAUCUUGUAGAUACUUACUUUGCUAUAGCACAAGAAGCCAGAGUAAAUUCGAGAUUAGAUAUUGCAUCAAAAGCCUUAAUAUUUUGUCUCGAAAAGGGUCAUCCUUAUUCUGAACUUGAGUUUGCAGAAAUUUUAUGGAAAGAUGGGGAGAAUGACCGAGCUCUAAAAUUAGUUCGUGAAAUUAAUCAGAAGAACGAGAAAUCUAGCUCUGUUUCUGUUAGGAAUAAGGCAGAAGUUCUAUUGAAGUACACUGAGUGGCUAGACAUAUCAAAUAAUUCUGCCUCUGAACAAAUUAUAACACAAUACAAGAACAUCUUUGCUCUUGAGCCUGAAUGGGAGCAACCGUACUAUUCAAUUGGUUUAUAUUUUAGUCGGUUGUUGGAACGCCGGAAAGCAGAAGGAUAUGUAUCUGAUGGUAAAUUAGAAUUCAAAUCCAUUUCAUAUUUUUUGCUGGCUUUUGAAAAGAAUACUGUCAAAGUGCGAGAAAACCUUCCUAAAGUAAUAACAUUCUGGCUAGAUACAGCUGCUGCUGUUAUCACUGAAACAUCCCCAAACAGGAAUACUAUACUAAAGAAAGUAACAACUGACAUUUGUAAACAAAUUGAAACAGCUAUUAGAAAUUGUCCAACGUACAUAUGGUAUUCGGUUCUUACACAAUUGCUUUCCCGUUUAUUACAUCCUCACUUAUCAUCUGCUAAAUUAAUAAUGCACAUUCUUCUAAGUCUAGCCGUUGAAUACCCUUCACAUAUUUUAUGGCACAUAUCUGUAUUGUGUCAAUCUAACUCUUCUAAACGGGUUAAAUGUGGUCAAGAUAUUUUAGAAAAAUUUAGAGCACAUUCAGACAAUCAGGAAGACAUUAUAAACUCCUCAAUUUAUCUGACUUCCUCGUUAACUAGAAUCUGUUUACAGGAAGUAAAGUCAUCGAGUAGUAGAUCUGGCCGUUCAUUAGUUAGCGAUUUUAAGUUCGAUGUUAAUAUUGCUCCUACACCAAUGACUGUUCCUGUAAGAAAGAACCUAGAGAUGAUAUCUCCACUUUCUGCAGAGACUAUGAAAUCUUAUCAACCCUUUCGACCAACCGUCUCUAUCGCAAAAUUUGCUUCAUCAUACAAGAUAUUUUCUUCACUGAAAAAACCCAAAAAAAUUACUAUUAUUGGAUCGGAUGGUAUGCUCUAUGAAAUUAUGUGCAAAAAAGAAGAUGUUAGACAAGAUAACCAAUAUAUGCAGUUUGCAGCCACAAUGGAUUUCUUGCUAAGCAAAGAUUUAGACUCCUCUAAGAGAGACCUAGGAAUUACCGUUUACUCAGUGCUAUCGUUGAGAGAAGAUUGUGGUCUGCUUGAGAUUGUUCCUGAUGUUGUUACGCUGAGGUCAAUAUUUACCACAAAGUAUGAGAGUAAAAAGAUUAAGUAUAGCAUGAAAGCCCUGUAUGAAAAAUGGCAAGGGCUUGCGGACGAACUAAAGCCCGUUUUCUUCAAUGAGCAAACAAAAAAAUUCUCACCUGUGUUACAUGAAUGGUUUUUGGAAAAUUUCCCAGAUCCAAUCAAUUGGUAUAGAGCAAGAAAUUUGUAUUCUCGAUCAUAUGCUGUUAUGGCAAUGGUUGGUUAUAUACUAGGACUUGGUGACAGACAUUGUGAAAAUAUUCUGCUGGAUAUUAAAACAGGUAAGGUUUUACAUGUCGAUUUUGAUUGUCUCUUUGAGAAAGGUGAAAACCUACCUGUUCCUGAAAUUGUACCCUUCAGACUGACUCAAAAUUUACAAGAUGCACUUGGGAUUCUGGGAACUGAAGGAACUUUCAAGAAGUCCUCUGAAGUAACUCUUUCUUUAAUGAGACAAAACGAAGUUGCUCUAAUGAACAUUAUUGAAACUAUUAUGUAUGACAGAAACAUGGAUCACUCAAUUCAAAAGGCUCUUAGAAAACUGAGAAAUAAAAUUCGAGGCAUCGAUCCGCGCGAUGGAUUGCUGUUGAGUGUCUCGGGCCAAGCUGAGACAUUGAUCCAAGAAGCUACUUCAACCGAGAACCUCUCCAAAAUGUAUAUCGGAUGGUUACCGUUUUGGUGA